AUGCUUUCAAUAAUUUCUUCUUCAAUUAUUUAUAAAAAGGUGGCAGGAGCUGAUCCUUACUACCAACCCCAGCAGCCAAGCGCAGCUCCCCAGUAUUACCAACCACAACAACAAUACCAACCACAACCACAGGCUGCACCACCAAGGAAGUUGGUGAGGCCCGCAGCCAGGGAAGAAGAAGAAGUAGCCGAGCUACCAGCAGACUACCAGUUUGGAUUCAACGUUAAGGACGACCUUUUCACCAACUACCAGAAGAGGAAGGAGCAGAGGGAAGGAAACAAGAUCACAGGAAGUUACAGCGUUGUCGAUGCCGAUGGCUUCAUCAGGACUGUCACUUACACAGCCGACCCAAUCGAAGGAUUCAAGGCUGAUGUGAAACGUGAACCCACUGACAUCAAGAUCAGGUUCCCACAGCCCGCCCUCCCAGGACCAGGACAAGAGCAAGCUCAGUACCAACCCCAAGCCGGCCCCUCAGCCAGGAAGCAACAGACUCAGCAAUACCUCCAGGCUUCAGCACCCCAGCCCCAGCAGCAAUACUCCCUGAGGCCCGAACAGGGUCAGGCUUACAGUGGAAUCCCACAAGGCUACUCGCCACAGGCCUACCAGCAGUAACUGUUGUUCCUCUUCAAGACUUCGAAACUCAUAAUUUAAGUUUAUAUUUUUUGUAAAAAACGAAAUAUCAAAAUAUGUAUCUUCCUUUUAGAGGGAGCGUUAACUCAACGAGACACUUUAGAAAUAAAAAUGAAAUAAUUGUGAUCGGAUUGUAUCAACUUGCAUGUUUAAUGUGAGAGUACUGUAUUUAUAAUGAACUUUAGUUAUGAAACGGUUAAAAUUAAAUGUAAAUUGUUUUAUUGAUAGUAAAUAUUUUUUUCCCAUUUAGUAU